AUGGUCUCCCUGAAAUACGGCCUAGGACUGCAUAUUUGGGACCAGAAACCCGAGUGGGCGACGCCAUACUACAAGAUGGCUUUUGGAUCCGAUAUUCUGUUUCCUAUCUCGUGUUCUCUCACCAAGAUAUCUUUAUGCUUGACGUACCUUCGACUCUUUCCAUCGGGAUCCAACAAGAUCUUCUGCUAUGCAUUGAGCACAUUCGUAACCUUAUAUACAGCGGCAUGUAUUUUCCUCAUGCUCUUCCAGUGUACGCCCAUUCGAGGCUAUUGGGAUGCCUCAGCAAAACAACACUGUAUCAAUCUCCGUGCUACUCUAGUCUCGAUCGCUGCGUUAAACAGUCUUAGCGAUUUCUUGAUCUACUUAUGGCCUGCGAAACCACUCUGGAGUCUCCAUCUUCCACUAAAGCAGAGGAUUGGACUCAUCUCUAUCUUUGCCGUGGGAUGCACGGUCUGUGUUGCCGGCAUCUGCAGAAUGUACUAUCUUGAGGUCUACUUUGACUCCUUCGAUCUGUACUGGCAUGCAUCAAUUAUAUACGCUGUCAUGGCGAUAGAAAUGAACCUGGGCAUAAUCUGCGGCUGCAUGUCCGGCGUCAAACCCGUCCUCACCGUCAUCUUCCCCCGUCUCUUCGCCUCCUCUUAUAAGACAAACGCCACCCGCCCUACCCACUACGGCCGCACCACACACGCCGAAGCCUUCCCCUUCCCCUUCCUGUCCCUCUCCGAUACUUCGAAUCUCAGCAAGGUGAAGGAUAGGAAGUUGGAGCAUGCCGUCAGUAUCGAGACAGUUAGUCCGGAGAAUACAGACAGGAGAAAUUAUGCUUGGGCGAGCUCGAGUGGAAGUAUAGAUAGGGAUGUAGGGAGUGAGGUUCCGAUGAAUGCGAUUGCGGUUAACCAGGUUGUUAUAGUGCAUGGGGAGGCGAAGGAGGAGAUAAUGGGGUCACGAUCUAGGUCGCAGAAAAGUGGGAAGGGAGAUGGGGGUAGUGAGGAGUGGAUUAUGGGUCAUUUGCCGGCGCAUUCAGCGAAGCGGUAG